CCAGUGGGGCAGAGAGGGCCGGGCCGCGCUGGCCGCUCGCCCGCGUCGCUCCCUGUGCCUGUGCGGGGACCUAAUAAAGCUAUUUUGAAAGUGACCCCUCGGCCAGAGCGCGGGGAGGGAGCAGCGAGCCGGGCGCAGCUGUCCGGAAUCAUGACUGAAGAUGACGGAUUCCGUGGUGGUGGAGGGUCACGUCAAGUUGAGAGACGGAAAAAAGUGGAAGAGUAGGUGGCUGGUGCUGCGCAAGCCCUCCCCGGUGGCAGACUGUUUGCUCAUGCUGGUAUACAAGGAUAAAUCUGAACGAGCAAAAGGGCAUAAGGAGAGGAGCAGCAUGACCUUAGAAGACAUCUGUGGCUUGGAUCCUGGGCUCUCCUAUGAGGGCUUGAAUCACACGCUUGCAAUCAUCUGUCUCUCUCAAGUUGUGAUGCUGGGAUUUGAGAACAAGGAAACAAUGUAUGCGUGGGAUGUACGAAUCCGCUACAGUUUAGGGGAAGGGGCUGGUGUUUUUUUCCUUUCUUGUGCUGAAGGAGAGCAGAUCAGCUUUCUGUUCGACUGUAUCGUCCGUGGCAUCUCCCCGACGAAAGGCCCUUUUGGUUUGCGUCCAGUCCUACCAGAUCCAAGUACAAAUCCAGCUUAUUCAGAAGAAAGAUUGGCUCAUGAAGCUUCGCAAUUAGAAAAGCGCUUGAGCUUGCUGUCCCAUACAAGUCGCCAGGGCAGUGGAGGAGAUGAUAGAAGUCUUUCAAGCUCAUCUUCAGAUACCAGCCACUCAGAUGUUAGUGUUGGGAGCAGACUGACAAUUUGGCCUGAACAGUCUUCAGCCAGCACUUCUCAAGAGAGUCACGGACUGGCAGCUGCAAAGGGCAUUCAUCUUGGGGAAGAAAAGACCCUUCCAGAAGGGGCACGUGGCACCACUAAACCACCUCCCAAGCCCCUCCGAUCCAGACAGCUGCAGGAAAUAGGUCGUCAGAGUUCAUCCGACAGUGGAAUAGCUACUGGUAGUCACUCUUCUUACUCUGGAAGCUUCUCUUCCUAUGCUGGGAGCUUGGACAUUUGCCAUGGUGAUGAGUUUGGAUCAUUGCUGAGCUUGCCAUUGAACUUUCCUUCAGAUCAGAAUUUAUGUACUUGUCCUCACAGUGAGCCCCAGAGAGGUGCAGGAUCAGAGUAUCAGGUUCCCAGCUCUCUCAGACAUAUUUAUGAUAUACCCAGGAGUUUGUUACAGGCAGCUUCUAAAGAUGUGCAACCGAAGCGUGCAGAUUCAUUGCUACCCAAGGACCAGGCCCUGUCACUUCAAGGUGCUAGCGACCCAAAACUGCUACUACAACAUUUGGAAGCACAGAGGGUACCUGAGCACAGCCAGGACAGAGGGAGGCCUUCAUCCUUACUCGCAGAAAGCAGCAAGGACUCAAGUGAUGAGACGUAUGUGGAUUUUGUUUCGAGGUGGUCAGACACAAAACCACAAGGACAGGUGUCAGACUCCAAAAGUAGUGAGUUGUCACCACCUAGUGGGGCCUCAGCUGACCCCUAUGACACAUGUAGCCCCCACCUUGGGAUGACAAGAGCUCUUUUUUCAGCUUGUCCAAUCUGUGGUGGACUAAAGGGAACAGCAAUAUUACAGUCUGGAGUCUUACCAGCUAUACCAGCAGGUGGUACUUCUAUCAUGGCAGCUUCUGGGUCGUUAAAAGUACAUAGAGGGCACAGUCUACAAGCUGGUCCUAAAGGUGCUUAUGAGAUGCUAACACUUCCUGCAGAACCUGGAACUCCUACUAGCCCUGAGGAACCUGGAAAAUCUCUUGCCUUGUCUGCAUCAGAAGGGGCAGUAGGUUAUUCAGCUGAUAUCCCUGCAUCAGAUCGACCGCAUGGCGAGACAGCCACCUAUGUUAAUAUUCCUGUCACUCCUACUUCCAAAAAACAACUUCAUUACAUGGAACUGGAACUUCAAGAACCUAGCACGAGCAUAAGAGGGAGUGGAUCAUCCCGAUAUGCACAGAUUGACAUUGCAGCCACCGAGACAGCCCACAAAGUGGGAACGCAGCAUGCUCAGUGCCGGGAGGAACGCUUGCAGGAGCUAGAGCAGAAGAAGAAAGGGGCUCAGCAGUGACCCAUCUAGGAAAGAACUUUUUGCUCACCAUAAAUUGGUACUAAUUUAUCUUUGAAAAGAUUCACAUUUAUUGUGAAAAAUACUCAUACAAAAAGCUGCCAUUGCUUAUUGCUUUUAUGCCAGAUUCAUUCCAAUGUCUUGAUUCCUAAUUGGAAAACUGGUAGCAUGAGGGGGGUGUGUGGUCUUUCUUUUUAUUUUAAUUUGGUUGCAAAGUCCACAUAUUUUUUUCAUAUGCAAUGACAGAUGUAAGUUACCUUUUUCUAUAAUUCUAAAGCUCUGGAAGAACCUGGAACUAAAUCCAGUGUUUAUUAAAUGGUGGCAUUUUUCUCUAAAAAUAAAGAACUUGUAUGUGUGUAGAUAAGGGAACGUGAGUGUCUGUGUGUGGUAUGUGUACACAUAUGUUUGCAUGUGUGCUUAUGUAUGCUUGUAUCCAAGCACACAUUACUGAUAAAAUAUAUGUAUAUAUCUGAGUGUAUAAAAUACGUAAAACCUCUAUUAAUAUAUUAAUGGACUCUUACAAAAGCAAGAAAAUUCAGUGCCUGAUUUUUGCAGGCACAGUUUUGUUCAAUUUAUAUGCUUAUUUAUGGACAUGCUUAACUUUACAUAUGGGCAAUUCAGUUUUAUACCUCACCAAGAGUUCUGUAGCUAUGGCUAAAGUUGCUCAGAUUUAAAAGCAGCAGUGUCAGGGAUGCAUAAGUGUAUGAAUAUAGACAAGAGCGCACACAAAAAAGUUAUUUAAUUACGCCUAUAAACCAAAGUAAUGUGAAGGGACAUUUUAGGUGCUUCUGUUCUUAAAACCAGUUUUAGACACCAUAAGCUUUGAUUUCAUAGUUGCUGAGUAUCUGUAAUUCUUAGCAGUUUUCCUGGAGCUGAACAUACAUACCACUGAAAAUCAAGUCUCACAUUUCUCAGAAUAUCUUAAAAUCAGGCUACCCGAAAGAAACAUUAACUUUUGAAAAUUGAGUCCUUUAUUUGUAUCUCCAAAACUAUGCCAAAUGUAAAUAAACCAGCAUCAAAAUCAUAUAAUCCACUGUGAAGAUAAAACUUUUAUUGAAUAAUUAUCCGCUGUCUCUAGAUAACAUAAAACCAGUUCUCUGUAAGAGCAUGAUGUCUUCAGAGAUGCUACAGAAUGGAGGCACAACAGGAUGUUAUGUUGUAAUACAGGUUUAUCCACAAGUAUUUGACAUCUUGCUUUUGUACAGUGAGAUUGUCAUUCAAAACUUGACUUAGUUUCUUGUGUUGCAUUGUCUAUCUAAUUCUUGUGUCUCAUGUAUCUGUCCUGAUAAAAAAUGUUAUUUAAAUAAAAUGUUACAGCAGUGAAACUACACUAACAAAGCAGUGUACUUAAGAAAACCCCCAAAAUUUUGGCCUGCAAUAAUAUAUCAGCUUUAGCUUCCGGAAGUUAUCAGGACUGAUAUCUUGGGUAUUAUGUUUUUUUGAUUGUGUCCUCUUAAAAUACAAUAUCUCAGCCCAAUUCGCUUUUUCAGAAAACACAUUAUAAUCCAUGUUGGUGAGUGAACGUUUUCUGCUAGUGAGGGUUUCGCUAAGUGAUUAAAAGAAGAGAUAGGUGUUUGGUUUUGAGGCAGAAUUUAGCCUAUAAUUUUAUCUGAAUGUAGCCUCAAUAGUAAUGUAAAUCAAAUAAGAAAAAAGUAUUUGAGAGUUGACAGCUGCCUCUGUCAUCUGUCAUGUGCUAAGAUGUACUUUUCUGUUUAUCAGCCCAGCAUAUUCGAAAGGGAAAAUAAAUAUCUCUUAUGUGCUUCCCAAUUUAAAUUUUUAAAAAUUUAUUUGGCAAAUGGACAGUGGAAAACUGCUUUCUAAACACAUAUUCAGUACAACUGGAAAGGCCUGUACCUGUAGCUCCCUGUGAUCAUGUUUACCUAAUUGAACUGCUUUUCAACUAAGGAUCCUCCACUGGAGGGCUUGCAGGGUUAAAUCUCUUGCUAUGUGCCUGUUUAUAUUUAAUAUUUAAAAUGAACAUUGGUUGCCUGAUGCACUGAAAUGCAAUGUUUUCAUGAAGCUGCAAUAUUUCUAGCAUAAAAAUCUAUUUACUGGGAAAACAUAUUAUGGAGUUUCUCUACAAAUCCUGCCUUUCUGUACAUUGCUUAAAAUUGCUUGCAUUGAAUCCUGGACUUGUAGCAUUUGGGUAAAGCUUUAACAUGGUAAUAAAGGACAUCAGAUUGCUGCUGGACUUACAGGAGGAGUCACAAUUUUAAAAAUAUGUUUCUCAGGUUGAACGGGGCUGUGAAUCUCUACAUGCACAUAUUUGUGUAUGUCAUAGCAACUUUAGGUAGGAUUAGCAAGAUGGCUGGAUAUAAAUUUAUACUUACAGCCUUUGUUAAUGUUAACAUAAUUAUCCCAUAAGGCUUUCCACAAAUGAAGUAAGUAACUUUCUAGAUUUCUGUUUCUCCUUUUGUACUUAGCUUGAAUAAGGCAAAUAGAACAGAUGACUUUGGCUUAUUUUUGAAAUUCACUUCAUAUUCUUAUGCACUGUUUAGGAGGCUGAAGCAGGAGGCCAAACCUUGCUGUUGCAUCUGUUAAAAACUGG